GGUCAAGGUUGCACUUGCAGGAAUCGCAGUAGGACGCGACUGGAUCUCCGUAUACGCGCAAACAGAGCAGCAGACUAAUCAGCCGAGACUCUGCUGUAACUUCUCCAGUUUGUGUUUGCACUCCGCAGAGGAAUCUCUCACCUCACAGAAGCAGCCAUGGAUGAAAUGGAGGAAGAGUUAAAAUGCCCUGUUUGUGGCUCUUUUUACCGGGAGCCCAUCAUACUGCCGUGCUCCCACAACAUUUGCCUGGCUUGUGCUCGGAAUAUCCUUGUGCAGACCCCCGACGCUGAGUCCCCACAGAGCAGCCGAGCCUCCGGAUCCGGCGUCUCUGACUAUGAUUAUCUGGAUUUGGAUAAAAUGAGUUUAUACAGUGAGGCGGACAGUGGAUACGGUUCCUACGGUGGCUUCAUCAGCGCUCCGACCACCCCUUGCCAAAAAUCACCGAACGGAGUGCGGGUUUUCCCCCCGAGUGUCCCCCAGCCUCCUCCGCAACAGCACCUACUACCGCAGCCCGGCUCUUUACCCCCGAUCCCCCGCAACUCCUGUAUCACUUGCCCGCAGUGUCACCGCAGCCUCAUCCUGGACGACCGGGGGCUCCGCGGAUUCCCCAAGAACCGGGUGCUAGAGGGGGUUGUUGACAGGUAUCAGCAGAGCAAAGCGGCCGCUCUCAAGUGUCAGCUCUGCGAGAAGAGUCCGAAGGAGGCCACCGUGAUGUGCGAACAGUGCGACGUGUUCUACUGCGACCCAUGCCGCCUCCGGUGCCAUCCUCCCCGCGGUCCCCUCGCCAAGCAUCGCCUCGUGCCGCCAGCGCAGGGGCGGAUAAGUCGCCGCGCGAGUCCCCGCAAAAUCUCCACUUGCACCGAGCACGAACUGGAGAAUCUAAGCAUGUACUGUGUACAGUGUAAGAUGCCUGUGUGUUAUCAGUGUUUGGAAGAAGGAAAACACGGCACACAUGAAGUCAAAGCUCUGGGCGCAAUGUGGAAACUGCACAAGGGUCAGCUGUCUCAAGCUCUCAACGGCCUGUCAGACCGAGCCACUGAGGCCAAGGAGUUCCUGGUUCAGCUGAGAAACAUGGUGCAGCACAUCCAGGAGAAUGGAGUGGAGUUUGAGGCCUGUUUGGUGGCGCAGUGCGAUGCCCUCAUUGAUGCCCUGAAUCGACGCAAGGCCCAGCUGCUGUCUCGAGUAAACAAAGAGCAUGAACACAAACUGAAGGUGGUUCGGGAUCAGAUCUCCCACUGUACGGUGAAGCUGCGUCAGACUACAGGGCUGAUGGAGUACUGUCUGGAGGUCAUCAAGGAGAAUGACCCCAGUGGUUUCCUGCAGAUCUCAGAUGCUUUGAUCCGGAGGGUUCACAUGACAGAGGGCCAGUGGGGGAAGGGAACCCUCACCCCCAGAAUGACAAGCGACUUUGACCUCACUCUGGACAGUGGACCCCUCCUGCAGACGAUCCACCAGCUGGACUUUGUCCAAAUGAAAGUCCCAGCUGCUCCCAUGCUCCAGCUGGAGGAAUGCUGCACUCAGAACAACAGUGCCACGUUGUCAUGGAAACAGCCACCGCUCUCCACCAUCGCCGUGGAUGGUUACAUCCUGGAGCUGGACGAUGGAAACGGGGGGCCGUUCAGGGAAGUGUACGUGGGGACAGAGACCAUCUGCACAGUGGACGGGCUCCACUUCAACAGCACAUACAAGUCCAGAGUGAAGGCCUUUAACGCCAGUGGAGUGGGCCAGUACAGCAAGACACUGAUCAUGCAGACCUCUGAGACUGGACUUCCCCCAUGCGAUAUUCAGUCUUUAGGCACAGUUGCUUGGUUCACCUUUGACCCAGCCUCCGCUCACCCGGACAUCAUCCUCUCCAACGACAACCUGACGGUGACGUGCAACAGCUAUGACGACAGGGUGGUCAUGGGUAACUCAGCUUUCUCCCGCGGCGUUCAUUACUGGGAAAUGACCAUUGAUCGCUAUGAUAAUCACCCGGACCCGGCCUUCGGGAUCGCUCGGGGGGACGUCCUGAAGGAUGUGAUGCUGGGGAAGGAUGACAAGGCCUGGGCCAUGUAUGUGGACAACAACCGCUCCUGGUUCAUGCACAACAACUCGCACACCAACAGGACAGACGGUGGCAUCAGUAAAGGAUCUACUAUAGGAGUGCUGCUUGACUUCACACGCAGGAUCCUUAUCUUCCUCAUCAAUGAUGAGCAGCAGGGUCCUGUGGCUUUUGAAGGCUUGGAGGGCGUCUAUUACCCUGCUAUCAGCAUCAACCGAAAUGUCCAGGUUACACUGCACACUGGAUUACCCAUCCCUGAUUUCUACACCCCUGGGGAGGCUGAUCCUAAUGGCUCUGUGUGCUAAAGACUCACCACUACCCACAAUGGUUGGGGGAAAACCUCUCCAGGAUUUCGCAAUGUUCAUCCUGCCAGUAAAUAACUAUGAUCCCAGCCUCACCCUCUCCUACCCAACUCGUCUUGUCCCCCUGCCCCAUGACUCUCUGUUAGAGGCCCCAUCCAGCGCUGAGCCAUGCCUUUAUAAUGCCUAAACCUUGGACACGUGGACCAUCUGCAGCACAGUGUCAAAAUGUACAGUGCAAUCUGUACCUUGUAUUUUGACAAAAUGCAGAUAAUUGAGGAACGUGAAAUCGUGUUGAGAAAUAAUUGUGAUCGCAAGCUGAUGGACGUGGUAUUAUUGGCCGUGAUCAUAAUAUGUACGAAAAGGAAUUGUUUGACAGUUAUCAGUCUAUUAGCUUAGCUUAGCUUAGCAUAAAGCCUGGAAACAUGGGGAAACAUCUACAGCAGCCUAGCUCUGUCCAAAGUUCUACCAACACUCUAAAGCUCACUUAUUAAAUCAUUAUAUCUCAUUUGUUUCAUCUGUACAAAAACAGAAAUGUAAAAACGAUAUGUUCUGGUUUCACAGGCACAAAAAAUAGCAACAGAACUGCUCAUAAAAACACAACAUAACAUGUUAAUACGUGAUAUUUAGAGGUUCUGGUAUGUGGAUUUGUUACUUUUAGACAGAGCCAGACUACCUGUUUACCUUUCUUUCCAGUAAUUUAAGCUAAACAGCUGCUGGCUGUAGUUUCAUAUUUAGCAUAUGGCCAUGAAAGUGGUCUCGGCCCUUUCAUAUAAAUCGUGCCAAGAAAGCAAAUAAGCACAUUUCCUCAAAUAUUGAACUACUCCUUUAUGGUUGUUUUGUAAAUGAGUUGACUUAUUAAAAGUAUCCCCUGUCAUAAGAUCAACUUACAGUUCAGUAUAUUUUAUUCGUAAUUCGGAUCCUUAUUUCCUAAAAAGCAGUUAAUUUCAAUUUUAUUUAUAUAGCACCAAUUCAUAACAGAAGUUUCACUUUUCAUAUAGAGCAGAUCUAGACCGUACUCUUACUUUACAGAGACCCAACAAUUCCCUCCAUGAUCAAAACUCUCUUUUAACAGGUAGAAACCUUGAGCAGGACCAGAAAAGGUUAUAAUAGUAAUAAUGAUAGCAAUAACAAUAAUAGCACUGAUAAUAAUUUGUAGCAGCGGGUGUCGAGCUGGAACAUGGGAGCAGUAGGUGGCUGGCAACCACAGAUCCAGACUCCACAGCUCCGGAGGCAGAAACACCUGUAGAAAGCAACAGAAUGACAGAGAAGAGGGACAAGAAAACACAAAACUACGAGAGAGAGAGAGGAAGUCAAGUUCGUAACAUGCAUUAAUGGGUUAAGCAUACAGAUGGAGCGGGAGAGGAGGAGAGAGGAGCUCAGUGCAUCAUGGGAAGUUUCCUGGCAGUCUAGGCCUAUAGCAGCAUAACUAAGGGAUGGUUCAGGACUCACCUAAGCCAGCCCUAACUAUAAGCUUUAUCAGGGGAAAGUCUUACUCUAAAAUGUGGAGAUGGUGUCUGCCUUCUGCACCCAAACUGAGACCUGAUUCCACAGGUGAGGGGCUUGAUAUCUCAAGGCUCUGGCUCCCAAUCUACUUUUGGAGACUCUAUGAACCACAAGUAACUCUGGGGUUCUGGUGGGGUAAUAAGGAACUAUGAGCUCUUUAUGAUAAGAUGGUGCCUGACCAUUAGGAGCUGUGGAGUUAAAGGACAUAUCCUGAUCAAAGAUACUCCCAGCCAGAUUUCAGUAAGACAAAAUAAAUCAAAAUGAUAAUCUGAUAUUAAAUCAUUUACUAGUACAGCUUUAGAUGAAAGAGAAUUCCACAUUUAAUUCUCCUAUUUUCUUUGGAAAUGUAUUUAUUAUUUAUUUGUUCUGGGUAACUGCUUUAAAAAGGACACAUUAACAAAUCAAAAAUCCUGUGUAUUUCUUUUCCUGCCGUCAGUCAUGAACAUCCUUACACAGUGAAAUCACCAGGGGGAGGAUGAGAGGUGUUCUUUUUGUGUUUGUGUGAAUGUGUGUGAGGGGGGUGGAUGGGUUGAGACUUAUCAGCAGCUGCAACGAUCCCUGGACGAGAGCAAUAGUCUGAUUCUCAGCCGCGUCCCUGUCGUACCCUCAUCCGUGUACAUGAGAUGCUUUUCUUAGUGGCUUAGCUCAUGUGAACCUUCUGUAUCGUCUGUAAAAAACUAUUUCAAAAUACAGCUUCAGCAUAUGAAAUGCUACGGGAAGCAAGGCCUUCAUGCGGCCUCUUCUCUGCGGUGCAGCUCUUAAAACAGGAGGGGCGGAUUUUGGUCUGAUGUAUCAUAAAAGUGGGAUUUUCUGUGCAUUGAUGGAUGUUGAAAAUGGUUUGAAGAUGAUUGUGUUGUUUGAAUAAGGUGCUACAGCAGCUCGCUUCAUUCUGGCUUUUUUUACUCUAGGUGACUGAAUCCUGGUAGUUUUGUAAUAUUGUUUUUGAAAUGAUCUAUAGCAGAAAAGUGUAUAGCUAAAUACUGUAACUUAUUGAUGUUCAGAGUUUUUCAAUGAGAAUUCAUCAUUAUUCCUUUAUUUGAUGUAUACUUAUUACAGAAAGAAAGCAACUGAAUCUUUUUGUCGCUUUAAAAAUGUGGUCUGGAGUUUGUUCUUGAAUUGAAAAAAGGCUUUUCAGUAAUCGUGAGAACCAGUUUAUGUCCUACUAAAGCAACUGGAAAGGUGGUGAUGCACUGGGAUGGACUUGUGGCGUCGCAUUUGGGCAACAGCCUCCUCAACAGGCAACAGUGUCAGACAGAAUUUUUUAAAGACCAAGCCAUGCUAGCUGUUAUGUGAUGUGUACUAAGCUACAUGCUAAUGUUGUGAUGCUAACAUGCAGAUGUUAUAUGCAGGUUUGAUGUUUACCAUGUUCACCAUCAUAGUUUUGCGGAUUAGGUAUUCUAGAUUAGUUUUAGUAUUGCAGGUAAAGUAUUUGACUAAUUUAAAUAUUGACCUGAUGAUGGAGCGAGAGAAAUUCAUUUUUAUUAAAAUUCAUCAUGAUGAGAACAUGAAUGUGUGUACCAAAUUUCAUGGCAAUCAUUCAACAGACAUCUCACUGAAAACCAAAAAUUCGUUCAAACUCAUGGUGGCGAGGAAAAGACAGAUUAUCACCAAAGUAUGUUAUAUUCAUCUUCUGGGGAUCAUGAUUGUCUGCACAAAAUAUCAAAAAGCAAUCCCUCCAACUUUGUUUUGAUAUUUUAGUCCCGAAAAAAGGUGGCUUGCAUGGCUAAAAAAUGUUUACUUACUGGCAGCAGCAACUGAAGUCAAAAUGUGGAGAGCUCAGUUUGAGGGAACUGUUGCCCUUCAUGUUCCCUGUGCAUCGUCACCCUGAUACAUACAGUACAUGUCUAGCAUUCACAUAAGGUGCUGUCCUGUGUUUGAGCUUCAUGGGUGUGCCUUUUCCCCUCUUCAAUACCCAAACAAUUUAUGAAACUUUGCUACAAACCAGAUUCAUUGCUUCAGCAGAGUCAACUGUAACAUCUGUGAUGCCUGACUUCGUCUGCUGCUACUUAUUUUUUCUAUCGGUAAAAGGGCAAACUCAACAAUAAUCAUGUUUGUUAUGGAUAUAAUAACCACAGUAAUGAAGGGAAUAUUACAGUAAGGUAUGGCAAGGUGUCUUUCAUAACCUCUAAAUACUCUGUGAUUUUAUUUCUUUUCUCUUCCCCCAGGGUAAAACUGAUUGUAAAUGACUGCACACAGUAAACUAUAUGAUUUUUAUUAUGUGCAUGUGUGCUGACAAUGAUAAACUAAACCAAGUUGCACGGCCUUUGCUGCAAAGCUGCAUUCAAGCUUUGAUUAAUGCAACAUUUAAUUGCUGUAUUUUAGGGUAAGCCUUUUGUCCAGCCGUAAUUAUAAUACCACAGUACAAAAGCAGCCCGUUCAGCAGUGGGUCACUGAGCAGUGAGAGCUUCCUUUGACUCAUACAGAGACAAGUGCAGCCAUUAUCACAGCAUUACACAACCUCAGAUUCCAGGACGAAUAAACAAAAUGGCUUUAAUUCAGCAAAACAGAGACAGAGAACACGUUAAAGGGAUUUUCUGUUUAUCCAGUUGGAUGUGACACACGUUACUUUUCAACACAAAUUAUCUUCUCAUGGAACAUUUUCUGUGUGAAUAUGGGAAGCCAUAUCAACAUCUGUACUACAUACACGAGAGUGCUGACAUUAACAAGUGUGUGAUUGUAACAUUUAUUAUUUCUAAACCAGUUAAAUACACUUUGAUGAUAUUAAACUAUAGACCCCGGGAUGAUUUAAAGUCUAUCAUACAGCCUCGUCAAAACUUUAUGAAUUAUUAAAAGCUUACACAGUCGCUGGGCGACACUGGGUGUUAUAUCUCCAAAUGUACAGACAUAUAUGUGUGUGGGACUGAGUGUGUGUGAGUAUGUGUUAGCUGCAUUAUAACUUUAUUUUACUUUUAAAAGUGAUUAUUUCUGCCCUGUUUGAGCCGAGGUGGAAUGUCAUCACUCGAUAUUAUUAUUUACAGUGAUACUGAAAUACGUCUAUGGAAAAUUUUAUGAACAUAAAGUGAACAUCGUUUUUACUAUGAUUUAAUGAUUUAAUGAUUAUUAUGAUUGUUAUGAUUCUAUGUCUAUCAUUACCACGUUACUGCUAUUAUUAUGAUGAUCUGAAGUGUAAAAUGGGCCUCUGUGUUUUUUUGUAUGUGUGAAUAUUCAAUAAAUAGGUGUCAACAAGG